CUUCUUCAUCGGUUUAUUAAAAUUUGAAAAAUUGUUAAAAUUGUGUUAAUAUUUUUCGCAAUUCAGCAAUUAUAAUAUCGACUUUUAAUAAGCUUUUUGGCCGUUGAAAAAUAUUAUUUUCAUUUUAUUAUGAGUAGCACUAGUUUACCUGCGGAUUGUUCAAAGCAAUGGGAAAUUUUGCUGUUGUUGUUAUCCUCAGAAGAGAAAAAAAUCGAUAGGACUACAGAAAAUGAAAUCGAUACUAUGAACUAUUACUACAACAAUGAAGGUGUUAAGAAAAUCCUGUCCCAAUGGUUGCAGCAAAUGAACAUGAGUUAUGCCAGGAAAACCAGUGACAGUGAUACGGCUUUAAAAUGCAACCAGGUGUCCCUGCUCUGGAGGCAGAAAGGGAAUGACAAAUAUCAUGCAAAUCUGAUUGAAGAAAGCUACCAAUGUUAUUCAAAGAGUGUUAUAUAUGCUAAACAAAAUGAAACAGAAUAUGCUUUGGCGCUUGCAAAUAGAUCUGCUGCGCUAUUACGGCUGAAAAGAUUUAAGGAGUGCCUGUCAGAUAUUGAACUAUCAAUCAAGAAUGGUUACAAGCGGGAACUGCUGCACAAGCUUCUGUUACGACGAGCUGAUUGCCACAUCGAACUUCACCAACGAACGGAGGCUCAAGCAUCUAUCAACGACGCCUCAGUACAUGCACAUUCACUCAAACUAUCAGUAUCACAAACAGCCGAAUUCGAGCGUCACGUGAAAAUGUUAGAGAGGAAGUUACUUGCUAUUGAGGGGAAGGAAGAAGAAGAUGAUACUGUGGUGCUGCCGGAGUGCCACAUGGGGCUGAAUCCUGACUUUAAUGCUGCGUCUAAUGCUAUUGAGUUGCGACGAAGCGACACAGUGGGCCGGCACGUGGUGACCAAGGAGGCUCUGAAGCGCGGCGACGUGCUGUUCUCGGAGGAGCCCUACGCGUGGGUGAGCCUGCCCUCCGAGGAGCCCGUCUGCGAGAUGUGCUGCCAGCCGGACAUCAACCCUUUGCCAUGCAUCAGAUGCUCCCGCAGUGUCUAUUGCAGCGAGGAAUGUAGAUCGAGGGCGUACACCAUGUUCCAUAGAUACGAGUGUGUUGGUGCACAGAGCGACCUGUUCCCCACUAUUGGGAUCGCGCACUUGGCUCUGAGAGUGCUGCUAAUAAGUGCGUAUAAUGGAUUUCCCGCGCCGCCCCAACGCCUACCGAAUCCGACAACCGCAUCAGAAUUGUUCAAGAGUUACGGGCGUGUGUGCAACAUACAGAUAUACAAGAGCGACCAGCCGAACUUCUACAGGAUGUUUAAUUUGAUCACUAACUUCGAUAAGAUGAACAAUACGGAUUAUAUACAGUAUGCUCUGACGGCGACGACGCUCACGUUGUACCUGGAGAAGUUCACGUCAUUCUUCGAGAGCUUUCCGUCUAAAGUCACGUGUACACUGAGCGAUUCGGAGCUCCGUCUGUUCGCGGCGUCCAUUAUCUUGAGGAGUUUGGGCCAGCUGGUGUGCAAUGGACACGCGGCAUUAAGUCUGAGCACGACGAGUGAAGAUGGGAAUGGUCGUACUUUCACUGAGAGAGAAGUGAGACGCGCUACAGCGAUAUACCCGUCGGCGGCCAUGAUGAAUCACUCCUGUGAUCCCAAUAUUAUUAACAGGUUCUACAAGAAUCGGCUGAUAAUAGUGGCGUCGCGCGAGCUGUCCGCCGGCGCCGGCGUGCACAACUGCUACGGGCCGCACCGCGCGCGCGAGCCGACCGCCGCGCGGCGCGCCGCCCUGCGCGCGCAGUACAUGUUCCACUGCGCGUGCGCCGCCUGCGCUCCCAGGGACCGGGACACUAGUUUGGUGUUCAGCGCAUACGCGUGCCAGUCGUGCAAGGGUCCAGUCACGUGGCAGGGCAAAACGGCGAAGUGCCAGCAGUGCCAGACCGCCUUCCAUCCGGAGAAGGCGCUGGCUUUGCUGGACCGAGCAGAAGAGCUGGCAGUGCAAGCGGACAGCGCGCCGACAGCGGAGCAGCGCUGCGAGCGGAUGCACGCGUCGUACCGCCUGAAGCAGCAGGUGUGGCACCGGCAGCACGGCUCGCUGCGGGCGGCCGCCGACCGGCUGGCGAGGAUCUACGCGGACGUUGGUGAAUUCAGCAAAAGCGUGGAGCUCAUCAAACAAAACAUACAAAGUCUCGAGUAUCAGUUUGGUUCUUUUAGUGUGGAGGUUGCGCACGAACUGCGUAAACUAUCAGACGUGAUGCUGGAGAGAAUUAUACACUCGCCUCGACACACUGACUACAGAGAUUGGUGUUUAGAAACGCACAAAAUAGUGAAGAAAGCGGUGCAGCUGAUGGAACUGAACUACGGCUCUUGGGAGCCUCUGGUGAAGCGGCUGAAGAAGCAAGAAGCGUUCGUGGCCUCGCUCGUUGCUGACACCAGGUCUAAUGACGCUACGGACUGUAUACACCACAACUUCCACUAUAACCUCAAGAUAUAAACAUUAAGAAGCAAAGGGUUAGAAAUUAGUCUCAAUUUUAUCUCGUAUUGAGUUCUGGCUAUAUCGUGGAAAAUUCUGUUAAGAGUAUGAGUUAGAACAGAAAAUUCUGGAGUUUUGCGAUUUUCUCAACUUUCUAUGAACUAUUAAGGAUUGAAAGUAUGUAUAUAUAUAACCAUUAAGGAUUGAAAAAUUUUCAUGUAUUUUUUUUUCAAUAGUACAUUACUUUUAAAAUAACAGAGUGCUAAAUUCCAGGAUAGCUAUGAAAAAAGUAGGGAAUUAUUGUGAUCCCUAAAAAAAACUAGUAUGAUUUUACAGUAACCUAUAUACCUAAAUGCGAAGUAGGGAAUUCCGUAUGUUCUGUAUGUAUUUUGAGGAUGUAUUAUUUAAUUAAAAUUUCAAAUUCCACUAUUUUAAUACUUUAUUACUAAGAAGAUUUAGUAAGUUUAUUUAGGUUUGUAGUUUUACAAUUAAUUUUUACUGAAAAUUCUAGAAAUAAACACGUAAAGAAACAAAUAAAAUUGUAUCAAGUGACAAUAUGACGCUAAAGAUACAAUAUUAUUCAUUUUUUUUAUUUUUAUUUCCUUAUCUUUUCCCUCAUUAAACUUCCCAGUAUUAAUUUUGGGACAUUGAAAAACUAUUGCGUUUGUUUAGGACAAAUAUGAUUUAGUUUCUUUCUAAUAUAAGGAUUGGGAUGCUGAAUAUACUAUUAUAAGCCAAGU